AUGCGGGGGCAUAUGUGCACCACCCGCCUCCCCCUCCCCCCGCGGCCCGCGCCUCCCCCAGUUGCACCCGCCCCCGAGCUCAUCCCCCCAGCCUCCUCCCGCAAGCGGCCAAAAAUGGCCGCCCUUUCUGCCGCGCCGUUGGGGAAGGGCGUGGGGGCGGUGGGGGGGGUUGGGGGAGUGGGGGCGGGGGUGGGUGCGCCGUUUGCAGUAACACCUGUUGAAGCUGUUGGGUCGGGGCGGAGAGGGGGGAAGGGGAAGGGCCGACGCGGACGAUGGUCCGCGGGUGCGCCGGGGGGAGCAGGGCGGGGCGCAGGGGCGGGAGGAUUGGCCAAGCAGCACAGGGGCACUGGGGGGAUAGCCAUAGACCCGCUCAUAGGCCGGCGGAUUCCAAAAGAGGACAUGAUAUGGGUGGAGGGGGCCCCCCAGUGCUCGACUUUCAUCGCCCACCCGCCCUCCCUUUUCCUCAUUCGUACUUUCUCUCACCUUCUCGCUUCCCUCUCCCCCCCUCACCCCUUCAGACCCCAAACGACGACAUCAUAUGGGUGGAGGGGCCCCCCAAUUCCAAAGGAGGACAUCAUAUGGGUGGAGGGCCCCCCAGUACCCGACUUAACUGCACUCCUGCCCCCCCUCUCCCCACCUGCCCUGCACCUCUUCUCACCCCUUCAGAUCCCGAAAGAAGACAUCAUAUGGGUCGAGGGCCCCCCAGACCUGCUGCUGCUGCUGCUGCCGGCGCUGCAGGGAGGACAGGUGCAGGAGGGGGGGCGGGGGGUGGGAGCAGGAGGAGGGGCUGGCGCGAGCUACUAUGGGAAUGUUGUGGGGGUGACGGCAGGAGGUGGGCCUGGAAAGGGGGGGGAAGGGGAGGGAGGAGAGGGGGUGGCGGGGUGGUUGAGGCGAGUGGCGAGCCUGCCGCCACCUAGUGGAGAUACUCAAGUGCUCAGUGUCCUAUCUGUCUCCCCUUCUGCUUCUGAACCCUCCACAGCCAGUGGCCAGGGCAGAGAGGGGCACCAAGGGGAGGGGGAGGAGGAGGGGGAGGGGGAGGAGGAGGGGGAAGAGGGGGAGGUAGUGGAGGAGGAAGGGGAGGGGAAGAAGCAGGAGGUAAGAGGGGAACAGGAGCAGGGGAAGAGGGAGGUGGGGCGGUCUCAAUUGUCUUCUAGCAGCCGGUCCUCUGAUGAGGAUGAUGAGGAUGAUGAUGUCAGCAAGGGGCGCAGUGACGACGAUGAUGACGUCAGCAAAGGCCGGCGCAGCGGUGCAAGUGGCAGGGGAAGCCCGGGCAGGAAAGAGAAAAAGCCUGAGAGGUGGGCCGGGCAGCCCGAGGGGCAGAAAAAAGCCCAAGAGGGAGGCAGGAGAGUGAUGGGAGUGGGAGGAGCGGGGAGAAUAGUGAAGGGAGUGAGAGGCCGAGGGGAAGGAGCAGGGAAAGGAGUGUUGAUAGUGGGAAGAGUGGGGAGAGGCGGAGUGUGGAUAGUGGGGAGGAGUGGGAGGAGUGGGGGGCGAGGGGAUAGGAGUGAUGAUGACGAGAAGGGGAGGGGCAGGAGGGAGAUGAAGGGAGGAGGGGAGGAGGGCGGAAGGAAGGCAGCAGCAGGUGGGGCGGCGACAAGGGGGGACAGUAGAGAGAGCAGCGAAAGAAAGAGAGGAGAGCGAGGCGGGAGUGUGAGCAGGCAACAGCGGCAGCCCGAAACGAGCCAGAUCCGGAGGAGAUAG